AUGAACAGAGGUAAGGGAGUGGACAUUGAGUCCUCUAGUCCUACUAGAGAGUUCAUAAAGUGGACAGAGGACAUGGACGCACGUCUUCUACACACCAUGAUUGAGGAAUCAUGGCUCGGUAAUAGGGUUGACGGAAGUUGGACAUCCCAAGCUUAUAGUAACAUUGUUGAUAAUCUUCAUAGCUUUGGGUAUGUAGCAAUUACAAAAAAUAAUGUCAAAAAUCGACAGAAAAUGUUGAAAGACAAAUGGCGUGAGGUACAUGACCUCUUUGCUGGCUUGAGUGGAUUUGGUUGGAAUGUCGUAACUAUGAGAUUUGAAGUUGAGGAUGAAGUGUGGGACAACCUCAUUCAGUCGAGGCCAAGUGCGGCAAAGUGGAGAGUUAACAGUAUCAAACACUACGAUUUAAUGGUGGAGUUAUGGGCCGCGGAUCGAGCUAUUGGGAGUGGUGUUCGGACCGCUCGUCAAGCACGUUGA